AUGUUCCCCUCUCGACUUCGCCCUCUACGCGGAUUCGACCAGCUACUCAAGAUUGGAGAUGGCACGCGCCAGUUCUCCGCUUGCGCACCCAAAAGAAGCGAUGGGUUCGAUGGGUUCGAUGAGGAGGAUGAAGAUGAUAUCACAAGCAGUAGCUCUGAAAUGAGUCGUGUGGUUCGUCAAAGACGAAAAAUAGCGGAAGCAAGGGCUCGGAAGAAGAGUGAACAAGAGCAGGCAUUGAUACGACGGAGGGAAGAGCUCCAAAAUUGGGCUGACCUGCAUGCUAACGAGCUACGCGAUGGAAUCAUUCUAGUGCAGAAUGUCAAACAAAACUUUGAAUCUAUGCGACGCUAUGCGGAGGAUCAAAGACGGGCCCAUGAAAAAUGGAUGAAACGCUACGAACAAGUGAUCGCCAGCAGUGUGUCUUCAGUCAACGUUGGGAGCCAAUCUUUAGAGGAAUAUUUUCUCAUCAAGUAUCCCGAAUUUGGUGAAAUUGAGUCAUACAUUAGCAAUAAUGUUAUGUUUAUCCAACAUUGCGAAACUGAAGUAUCGAAUUGCCGCCACGCUCUGCAACGGAUCAGACUGGCAUCUCGAAGAAUCAACUUGGAAAUGCAAUUAAAUCUUUUCGCAACAUCGCUUGGCUUGCUUGCUGAGAGACUUUCUGAUAAUCAUGUCACCCCUAUUGCCUCAGCCAAAAGAAACGUUGAGAAAAUUCUUGAGCCACUAGAUAGGUUCCACUCCCGAUAUAUACAGUUACAAUAUGCGGGCUUGAAUAUCGGCUUGGCAACUCGUGAUAUCUCCUUGGCUCUCAAAGAGAUAGCUGCAAACAUCGUCAAAGGGCGUUUUCGCCUUGAGGCGAUGCGGCGAAAAAUAAGUGACAGCGCCUUUAACUUAACAUCCAAACUUCACAACUAUCGAGCAACGAAGCGUGUGCUGCGAUGGAGUGGUCCUUUGGGGAAAACUCACAUUUACACCAUGGUCCAACAUUAUUACGAUCCCCUAUGUAUCUUCAUGCUUGCAUCUGACAUGAAGAUGGACUUCGUUCGCCUGUAUAAUGAGAUCGAUUCCCACGGGAUACCAUCGCUCUUGGCCCACUGGUACCUCCACCGAUGGAAAGAAGGCGCUCCGCGCAGUGUGGAUCUUGAUAUAGCGUGGAGGCAUCUCGAUAUUUACUACCCGUUCCAUAUGCUUAACGCAUCUACUCGAAACUUGCGUAGCGAGGUCUUUCGACUUCAAAAAAUCUUCGAAGCGAUGGGAAAUUCCAAGUCUAAGUCGAAAGACUUCUUAACAGGAUGGAAGAAGGAGUUUGAUGUUAUGCGGGGGAAUUUCUUAAACAGCGUCGAGGCGAGUAGUUACUACACCUGGAUAAGGUUGGAAACCGAGGACAAGGUCACUAGGCUCGGCGGAGUCCCUAGCACCAUUGCCCAAGGCUUGUUCACUCCCAAAGACCCUAUCAGUUCUGACCUACGCCGUUUUUUCCUUUAUAUUGAUGCAAUGGGUAGCGUGUCACGAGCUAUGAAUCUCGAAGAAGCGGUUGCCAAGUUCGACAAUGAGAGACACCCUACGGUCUUUGAUACAAUUAAGCUCAUGGACUACUCCCCAUCUUCUAAACGAGAAAUACAACCACGAGGAUCAAGCGAGUCACGCUAUGUGAUGCCCAAGAAAGCAACCACGAUAAGAACUCCCAGCCCAAUUCGAGCAACGCGAAUAGGACGACAUUUGAGUGAGGCGCAGCCACCAGCACGUACGAAAGAAAGUUGGACAGCUAGGUCUCGUCUACUGGCCCUAAUCAACAAGUAUCGGACGAAAUUGGAACUUGCAGAAAGCACAAAUCCGAAGCCUAACGCACUUGCGACGGCAUCACGUCGUGGAUAUUGUACAGAUUCUAGGGUUUUCAUGAACGAUGACGGGCAGCAAUGCGGGGUAUCUGAGCCGGAAAUAGCGCUGAUCCAAAAGGACCAGAUAGUUCAAGUGGGAAACAAGGAUGCAGCGAUAUCUUUGGUCUCCGAUGCAGAGCCUUCCGGCAUAAUGUCGUCUCAUGUAGUACUCGAUAAUUCCGAUGAACCUCCUAUCGGUGCAACUGGCGACAGCAAACCUCAGUUCUGGAGCUAUAACCAGUACAAAACACCAGACGGACGAAAGAUCGGUAUUCAUUAUUGCAAAAAUCUUGAACAUGCCGAGCGAGCGGCUGCCCUAUUUUCCGACAGUAAGCUAUUAGGCUUCGAUAUUGAGUGGAAACCUCAAGCUCAAACCACAUCUGGGAUCAAGAGCAAUGUGUCUCUGAUUCAAAUCGCCAAUGAGGAACGCAUAGCACUGUUUCAUAUUGCACUCUUCAAGGGUAAUGAAAUCCAUGACUUGGUUCCACCGUCCCUGAAAUUACUCCUCGAGUCUACCGAUACCGUCAAAGUAGGCGUAUCCAUCAAGGCAGAUUGCUCACGCAUCCGGCGGCAUCUGGACAUUGAUACCCGGGGCCAAUUCGAACUCAGCCAUUUAUACAAACUUGUCAAGUACGGCUCAACGCAGCCAAAAUCGGUUAAUCGACGCGCUGUCAAUUUGGCUCAACAGGUUGAGGAGUUGUUAGGGCUGCCAUUGAGGAAAGACAGCGACGUGCGGAAGAGUGAUUGGACCAAACCCUUGGAUUACGCUCAAGUUCAAUAUGCCGCCUCAGACGCUUAUGCAUGCAUAUGCCUCUAUAAUACGUUAGAAGCGAAGAGAAAAGCAUUAAACCCCAUACCUCCAUUGCCAGCUUUUGCGGAACUCAAUCUCCCCAUUCUCUUGGCCGAAGAGGAUAAAGGCGAGAUAGAGGACGAAGUAGCUGAACUUAGCGUGCGCAUGAAGGUGUCGUUGGAGCUGGUGGAGACGGGGGAAGAGGAUGCUGUCGCGGCCAACAAUGAGAGUAAGAGUAAGAACUUGGAUCCGGCAUGA